UACAGGGGGCUGGGGACUGGGAACAACCGGGACCUGGAUUAACUCCUCAUCCGGGACUGGACUGGGCUAAACCUGGCUGGACAGCACCAGGACUGGCUGCAAUCUCCCAGCCACUAUCUGCUUACUGAAUCUGUAUCACACUGGGAGAGGAGUCCCGAUCAGACUACACACAGCAGGAACCAGUUCACGUGUGACACCAUAUCUGCAUAUUUUCUUGAUGAACGAAAAGAGAGAAGUUACGAGUAUUUCUGCGAUGAACACUAUCAUGUUCAAUAAGCUCAGUGGACAAGUCCUCUUUGAAGAAGACACCAAUGACCGGAAUCGAGGGAUCCGACCCUAUGUAACAGUGAUGGAGAGUCCCAAUCCUGAUACAGUUCUACAAGAUAGUGUCUCAAUAAAAGACAAUGCCAGCCUCAGACAUCGGCGUCCAGGGAGUUCAAGAGGAAGCAGCGGUAAAGUAAGGCAUAAGCGGCAAGCUUUGCAGGACAUGGCCCGUCCCCUGAAACAGUGGCUAUACAAACAUCGGGACAAUCCAUAUCCAACCAAGACAGAGAAAAUUCUUCUGGCUCUCGGGUCUCAGAUGACCUUGGUACAGGUUUCUAACUGGUUUGCAAACGCAAGACGCCGACUCAAAAAUACUGUGAGACAACCAGACCUAAGCUGGGCUCUACGGAUCAAGCUGUAUAACAAGUAUGUACAAGGAAACGCUGAACGUUUAAGUGUGAGCAGUGAGGACUCCUGUUCAGAAGAUGUGGAGAAUGCCCCGAGGAGUCAUGCUAAUGAAGAAAGAUAUGACAAGCCCAUCCACCAUACUGUGAUUAAAAACGAAAGUUCGGUCAUCAAAUCAGGUGCCAGAGCAGAGGCAAAUGCCAACGAAGACUACGUGUCCCCUCCCAAAUAUAAGAGCAGUUUAUUGCACCGCUAUCUCAAUGACUCUUUGCGACAUGUAAUGGUGGCCAAUGCAACCAUGAGGGAAAACACCCGACAAAGGAACCACUCGGGGUCGUUCAGCUCCAAUGAGUUUGAAGAAGAAUUAGUUUCUCCUUCAUCAUCCGAAACCGAAGGAAAUUUUGUCUACCGAACAGAUACUUUGGAAUCUGGACCAAAUAAGUGCCAAAGUGCAGUUAAUAAAAAAGGAGCCAGCAAAGAUGAGACCUACUGGAGGGAAAUCAACGCGGCGAUGGCUUUAACGAACCUUGCCCAAGGCAAAGAUAAGCUACAGGGAACAACCAGUUGUAUCAUUCAGAAAUCUUCACAUAUAUCAGAAGUGAAGACAGUGAAAGUUCCGAUACUCCAACAGUAUUAAUGACUGGACUAACCAACCCAUCAUCUAUGGACCCUUCCAAACUGAGCGACAGUGAUCAAAAAGCAUGUUCUGCCUUAGGACCUUUUUAUAUUCUGGUUGUUAAACAGCCAGU